CUUGGCAGAGGAAGUCUUCAUGGACACCAGGGCAAUUGUCAAGGCUACAGGUUUCCUUGUGCUAACGGUCAUCAGCAUCCCAUCCAAUCUGUUUAUCUGCUGCGCUUUCCUGCACACUCGGCUCACUGAGGCCAAGCUUACGCCAGCAGACAUCAUCCUGUGCCACCUGGCUUUUGCCAACUUGAUGUCAGCUGUUACCCGCAGCUUCCCGCAGAUGCUGACGGCGUUUGGCUGCCAGAACUUAUUUGAUGAUUUCGGCUGUAAACUGUUUGUCUACGGCUUCCGUGUUUUCCGUGGCCUUUCGAUAAAGCUGACUUGUUUACUGAGCACCUACCAAGCUGUGCUCGUCUCACCUGCCACAUCCAAGCUUGACUCACUAAAACUUUACAUUCCGAAGUACCUGUGGCACAUAUUUAUUAGCCUCUAUGUAUUUUGCUUCAUAACCAGCGUCCAUCCAAUUCUUUACUCCUCAUCAAAACCCUUCAAUAACACAAUUCCUCCUUUCAGUUUUAAUCAUGAGUUUUGUUAUGUCAUAUAUCCAGAUUAUACUGCCUUUAUUUCUAUUGGCUUGUCUCAUUUUUUCAAGGACUUUGCCUUCAUAGCAACAAUGGCAGGCAUGAGCGGUUAUAUCCUGAUUCUUCUCUACCGGCAUGGUAAAAAAGUGAAGAGCCUCCGAAGCUCAGACCAUGGAAACUCAGGAUCAAGGGCAGAGAGUAAGGCCUCCCGUGCAGUGGUCACUUUGGUUAUCCUUUACACUGUCUUCUUUGGGGUGGACAAUGCCAUUUGGCUCUAUUCCUUGACCAUUGUUAGAGUGGCACCCCUUAUUUCUGACAUUCGAGUUUUCUUUUCCAUUCUCUACACAUCUGUGUGUCCAGUUGUGGUCAUCGUCACCAACCCCAAAGUGAAGGCAAAGCUGAAAACAAGCAGGCUUAAGAGGCUCCCACCCUCCACAGAUACCAGCUCUUCUAGUUUAUAGCCGACAUCCUUGACUGUCUUGUACUAAAUAAAGUAGGAAGCAUACAGUAGUGAUGAAGCCCCCUCAUGUCUGAAGAUGCUCGCUUUAAAGAGGUAUGUAGAGGUGUGAACAUGUCCUGUUACAAUUUACUGCUGGAACCCAACACAUUUGGGACAAUGAACAAAUUGAUCCAAAGAUAAUAUUCGUUGUAGAGCAACCAGAGAACUUUAAAAUGAAAAUUUUUAUUACAACAACUGACAAAAAUAAAAUAAGAGGAAGUCUACAUUUCAAUUCACAAUAAGAUGUGCUUAUUUCAAAUGUUGCUCUGUACUGGACCGGUGCACCUAUUCAGGUUUAGAUCCUGCUAAAGGUAAUGGGUCAUAGAAAAAUGGAUUUGUAACUUGCUCUAUGCUGAGGAAAAAAAAAUCAAAGACAAAAGGGAACUGCAGAGUGGAAAUCAAAGCAGUGUUGUUUAUUUUAUAGAGCACCUUUUGUAGCAGCCAUUAUUGCAAAGCAUUUAACAAAGUAAUCAUCUAGGAAGAAUUCAGGCCAUUUCAGCACCACAAAUACAACUGCUACUCUGGCAAUGUGAUUCACUGCCCCAUUAUGUUAAAAGUGGAUGUAUAAUUAAAUCAAUUUGUAACAGUCAGUGUAAUCCAAAGAACGGAAAUCAAUACAGCUGAUUAAAAAAUGAAAUAGAAUGAGAAAUGGUGUGUUAUUAAAACAAAGCACAGUGGUGAAAUAUUGCCAGUGCUGAUGUCCAAAUCUUGGCCUAUAACAGUAGACAAAGAAAAAUGACAGGUCACAAAGCAAGUAUGUAGCCCACUGAGGUCAUCUCUAAGGAGGAGUUUGGAUAAGAAGUAGACAACUGAGGAGGCUACAUACAGGAACAUCCGUAGGACCAGAUGGAGUCAGUCCUCAAGUUCUUAAGGCUUUGCUGACCACCUUUGUGGUAUCCUCUGCUACCUGUUCAGUCUGUCACUGAGGCUCCAGAAAGUGCCACUGCUGCGGAAAACAUACUGUAUUGUUGGUCCUUAUACUCCACAUCAUGAAAACUUUGAAAAGGCUGGUUCAGGACUAUAAAAGACCCCUUGUGAAAGACCACUUGGAUCCACAUCUAUCUA